AUGGCUGGCCAAUUACCGAUUAAAUUUCAGGAGCAUUUGCAGCUUCAAAACAUUGGUAUCAAUGUCAGUAAUAUCGGUUUCAGUUCGUUGACAAUGGAAUCAGACAAAUUUAUUUGUGUUCGAGAAAAAGUAAAUGAUACUGCAUUUGUAAUCAUUAUUGAUAUGGCUGAUCCUCAAAAUCCAAUUAAACGUCCAAUAACAGCCGAUUCAGCAAUUAUGAACCCGGCUAGUAAAGUGAUUGCUCUAAAAGCUGGAAAAACUUUACAAAUAUUUAAUAUUGAAUUACGUAGUCGUAUGAAAACAUACAACAUGACAGAAGAUUGUAUUUUUUGGAAAUGGGUAUCUGUAAAUACAAUUGGUAUUGUAACAGAAACGUCUGUGUAUCACUGGACAAUGGAAGGCGAGAGUCAACCAGUGAAAAUGUUUGAUCGUCAUCAAAGUUUACAGGGUUGUCAAAUAAUUAAUUAUCGAACAGAUGAAGCAUUGCAAUGGUUGCUCGUUAUUGGGAUUCAAGCACAAGAUAGUCGAGUUGUUGGUAGAAUGCAGUUAUAUUCAGUUGAAAGAAAAGUCUCACAACCAAUUGAAGGUCAUGCUGCUGCGUUUACUCAAUUCAAAUUAGAAAAUAAUAAAAAACCAUCUACUUUAUUUUCGUUUGCCGUUCGUGGUCCAGCUGGAGGAAAGCUUCAUAUUAUUGAAGUUGGUUCACCUGCACCUGAUAAUCAACCAUUUCAAAAGAAAGCAAUCGAUGUUCAAUUUCCAGCUGAAGCACCAAAUGAUUUUCCUGUCGCAAUGCAAACGUCAUCAAAACAUGGUGUUAUAUUUCUCGUUACAAAAUAUGGAUAUGUACACAUAUUUGAUAUAGAAAGUGGCACAUUAAUCUAUAUGAAUCGAAUUAGUGCUGAUACAAUGUUUGUUACAGCAGCUUACGAACCAACAUCAGGAAUAAUUGCUGUUAAUCGAAAAGGACAAGUUUUAUCUGUUAGUAUUGACGAAGAAAAUUUAGUGUCAUUUAUUCAAAACUCAUUGAACAAUCAUGAAUUGGCGUACAAAUUAGCUGUUCGUUGCAAUUUACCAGGUGCUGAUCAGUUAUUUGUUGCAAGAUUUGCUCAGUUAUUUCAAAGUGGAAACUAUGGUGAAGCAGCAAAAGUAGCAGCAACAGCACCACGAGGUAUACUACGUACGCAACAAACAAUUCAACAAUUUCAAACAGUACCACCGCAACCAAAUCAACCGUCACCAUUGCUACAAUAUUUUAGCAUAUUGUUAGAAAAUAGUAAAUUAAAUCGUGAAGAAUCGAUCGAAUUAUGCAAACCAGUUGUUAUGCAAGGAAAAAAACAAUUGUUGGAAAAAUGGCUUAAAGAAGAUAAGCUUGAAUGUAGCGAACAACUUGGCGAUUUAGUUAAAACGAUCGAUCCAACACUGGCCUUGUCGGUCUAUUUACGUGCAAAUGUUCCUAUGAAAGUAAUUCAAUGUUUUGCUGAAACCGGACAAUACCAAAAAAUUAUAUUAUACGCGAAGAAAGUCAAUUUUCAACCAGAUUAUAUAUUUUUAUUGCGAAGUAUAAUGAGAAUUAAUCCCGAACAAGGUGUACAAUUUGCUCAGAUGCUUGUUCAAGAUGAUGAACCAUUGGCUGAUUUGACACAGGUGGUUGAUGUAUUUCUCGAACAAAAUCUUAUUCAACAAUGCACAGCCUUUUUAUUGGAUGCAUUAAAAAAUAAUCGUGAAGAUCAAGGACAUUUACAAACUCGUUUACUCGAGAUGAAUUUAAUGCAAGCACCACAAGUAGCUGACGCUAUUCUUGGUAAUAAUAUGUUUACACACUAUGAUCGACCACAAAUUGCACAGUUAUGUGAAAAAGCUGGAUUAUUACAACGUGCACUGGAACACUACACAGAUUUAUACGAUAUUAAACGUGCUGUUGUUCAUACACAUUUAUUGAAUCCAGAUUGGCUCGUCAAUUAUUUUGGACGUUUGUCUGUUGAUGAUUGUAUCGAGUGUUUGAAAGCAAUGUUACAAGCCAAUAUCAGACAAAAUUUACAAGUUGUAGUACAAAUAGCAACAAAAUAUCAUGAACAAUUGGGUACACAAAAACUGAUCGAAUUGUUUGAGUCAUUCAAAAGCUAUGAAGGUAAUUAG